CCCAGAGGCAGCACAGAGGGGCCAGGGCAGAGGGAGGACGCUGGAUCUGGGGACUAGCACCUGCUGGCUCUGGGUGACAGGGAGGAGGAGAGGUGGCUUUGACAGUGGUGAAGGUGUCUCUGAUCCAUUGAGGGAUAACCCAGCAGCAAGCAUAGUGCAGGCUGCCAUGGACGGGGCCCCGCCGCCCCCCAGCCCCGCCGGGCUCUCGGCGUACGUGGCCGUGUCGCAGCUGCUGGGACUGACGCUCCUGGCCACCACGGGAGCCUGGCUGGGCCGCUACCGGGGCGGCGUGGCCUGGCACAGCCCCCUGCAGUUCAACGCGCACCCCCUGUGCAUGGUGCUGGCUAUGGUGUUCCUCCAAGGCGACGCUCUCCUGGUGUACCGGGUGUUCAGGCACGAAGCCAAGCGCUCCACCAAGGCACUGCAUGCGCUGCUCCAUGGGCUGGCACUCGUCAUCGCCCUCGUGGGCAUCAUCGCUGUCUUCGAGUCACACCGGACUAAGGGCAUCCCUGACAUGUACAGCCUGCACUCCUGGUGUGGGAUGGCCACCUUUGUGCUCUACCUCCUGCAGUGGUUCCUGGGCUGUGGUUUCUUUCUGUUCCCCAGUGCCUCCUUCUCGCUGAGAGGCUGGUACAAGCCCCAGCACAUCUUCUUUGGCAUCACCCUCUUCAUCCUCUCCAUCACGUCCUGCUUGUUGGGCAUUACUGAGAUGCUUCUCUUCAAUAUCAGUGAUUCCUACAGCCACUUUGUGCCUGAGGGCAUCCUGGCCAACACCUUGGGGGUGCUGCUGGUGGCCUUUGGGCUGGUGGUGGGCUAUGUGCUGACACGGGAGGAGUGGAAGCGCCCACCAUUGGCAGAGGAGCUGGCCCUGUCCAUGGACUUCAAGACCUUGACUGAGGGAGAGAGCCCUGAUGGUGGGAGCCAGUGACGUCCACAGCUCCUGAUCUCCGGCACGGGCUCCUUGUGAUUCUGAAAUGUUCCUGUGCAACUUGUCCCUGGUGGUUUGCACCUCUGCCCGGCCCAGGGUGACGACGACAGCUGGGGAAGAACACGCUUGGUGCAAUGCUGCCUGCUGGACUCACGCUCGCUUGGCCUUAAUUCUCCAAAGCUCUGCCCUGUCCAGCCCCUGGUGACCCCCAGGCCUGUCCCAGCCCUGUGGGAAUGGCAGUGCUGUGGGCAGGGCAGGGGCUGGCAGGGACAUGAAGGAGUCUCCGGGCUCCUCCUGCUCUGGGGACAGUGGGAGCAGAGAUUUCUGCAGUGUGCGUGCCCAAAGCCUACAGGCUGUUCCCAGUGCUGCUGGGCAGAGGGGAUGUUUGGCACUGGGAUGUCCCCCUCACUGGCAGCCCCUCACCCUCCAGCAUGGCCAUGUGUGGGGGACACUCCCUGAAGGGAGCCCUGGGGGUUCAGUGACCCUAUGCCUGUGCAGGUUCAGCAGCUUUGUGUCUGAAAUGUUUUCUUCCCACGCAUGAUGUGUUUGCUCAGUGGAUGCUCCCAGACUAAUAAAUGUUUGCAGCUAA